GGCCGGGCGGAUGCGGACACGGACGCGGCCGGGGACACGUGCGGAGCCAUGGCGCGGGAGGGCGCGGGGCUCUUCGCCGCGUUCCGGGUGCUCGGCCGCUUCAGCGGGCACGUCCCGCACGUCCUGCGCUACCACGGCCGCCACCGCGAAUUCUACCUGGCCGUGGCCGUCGGGCGCAGCGUGCACACCUACAAUGUGAAGAAGCUUGGUAUUGUUGCUGUGAGUAACACUUUGCCGCAGGACAUCACGUGUUUGGCAGCAGAUCGCAUGCUGAUAUUUGCUUCAUACGACAAUAUUCUCCACGCUUUUGCCAGGAACAAAGAGGUGGUUCAUACCUAUGAAGGCCACAAGGCAAAGAUACACCUUCUACAGCCUUUUGGUGAUCAUGUCAUCUCUGUGGAUGCUGAUAGUGUUCUUAUUGUUUGGAAUAUACAGUCAGAAGAAGAAUAUCUUCAGAUAGAUUUUGAUAAAGCCACUUUUGCAGUUUCUGCACUUCUGCACCCCAGCACCUAUCUGAAUAAAAUUCUCCUUGGGAGUGAACAAGGAACCUUGCAGCUAUGGAAUAUAAGAUCCAACAAACUCUUGUACUCAUUUCCAGGAUGGGGCCUAGCAGUCACAACUCUUGAACAAGCUCCAGCAGUGGAUGUUGUUGCUGUCGGCCUUGUAUCUGGUCAUAUCAUUGUACAUAAUAUUAAGUAUGAUGAAACUCUGAUGAAAUUUCAACAGGACUGGGGUCCCAUCACAGCAAUAUCUUUUCGUACAGAUGGACACCCAGUAAUGGCAGCUGGUAGCCCAGUUGGACACAUUGCUUUGUGGGAUCUAGAAGAGAAGAAACUGAUGUGUCAGAUGCAAGAUGCCCAUUCCACAGCAAUAGCUGGCAUGACAUUUGUCCCUGGAGAGCCACUUCUUAUUACUAAUGGUGCUGAUAAUGCUCUACGGAUUUGGAUUUUUGAUGGGCCUGGUGGUACAGGUCGUGUACUGAGAAGCCGAAUGGGACACAGCGCACCACCAACAAAAAUCAGAUACCACGGGCAAAACGGAGAGCAGAUUCUUAGUGCAGGUCAAGAUGGAACAUUGCAAUCUUUUUCAACUGUGCAUGAAAAGUUCAAUAAAAGUUUAGGACGUGGUUCAAUUAAUAAAAAGAAAUCUAAAAAGAAAGGUCUUAAGCUGGAUACGAUGGCACUUCCACCAAUUACAGUCUUUGCUUCAGAGGUGGCACAUCAGAGUGACUGGGAUGGUAUUGUUGCCUGCCACCAGGGGUAUAUAACCUGUACAACCUGGAACUAUCAGAAAACCUCCAUGGGAGCUCACAAACUGAGGCCAGAAGAAUUUAGCAAACACAAACCUAUUGACAUAUAUGCAACGGCAGUUGACAUUACCUCAUGUGGUAACUUCGCUGUAAUUGGGAUGUCAACGGGACGGGUAGAUGUGUAUAACAUGCAGUCUGGCAUUCACAGAGGGCAUUAUGGCAAAGAAGCAGCACAUGAAGGGGCCAUUAGAGGAGUAGCUGUGGAUGGAUUGAAUCAGCUGGUAAUCACAGCUGGUAGUGAAGGAUUAAUUAAAUUUUGGAAAUUCAAAAUGAAAGAUCUGGUUUAUUCCACUGAACUUCCUUCUUCUCCAAGUGGAAUUCUGCUGCACAGAGACAGUGGUAUUCUGGGAAUUGCCUUUGAUGACUUCACUAUUAGUGUGCUGGAUAUAGAAACCAGGAAGAUUGUCAGGACAUUCUCAGGACACCAUGGGCGAAUUAAUGACAUGACUUUCAGUCCUGAUGGUCGUUGGCUGAUAACUUCAUCAAUGGACUGUUCCAUUAAGACUUGGGACCUUCCCUCUGGGUGUCUCAUAGAUUGUUUUUUGGUAGACUCUGCAGCUGUAAGCCUUACUAUGUCCCCUACAGGAGAUUUUCUCGCUUCAGCACAUGUGGAUGAUCUUGGAAUUUAUUUGUGGUCAAACCGUUCUCUGUAUUCGCUUGUGUCAUUACGGCCCCUUCCUGCAGAUUAUGAACCAUCUUUGGUGACACUCCCCAGCACCUGCCCCAUGCAAGAUGUGGAUGUGUCGGGCGAUGAAGAGCCAUGUGAUGAAAUGAUGGAAUAUGUCUCACCUGAGCAACUGGGAGAGCAGCUGGUGACCCUUUCCUUGUUACCGGAAUCAAGGUGGAAAAAUCUCCUCAACCUUGAUAUUAUCAAGAAAAAAAAUAAACCAAGAGAGCCACCAAAAGUUCCGAAGUCAGCACCUUUCUUCAUUCCAACACUUCCUGGUCUUAUACCCCGAUACAUUCCACCAGAGGAGGAAAAUGAUACACAGUCAAAGGUGGUAAACCUUGGGAUACUGGCGCAGAAAUCUGAUUUCUGCAUUCAUCUUGAAGAAGCCCUGAGCACCAAUGAAUAUAAAGCUCCCCUUGACUUACUGAAAAGCUUGGGACCAUCUAAUAUUGAGGUGGAGUUACGGGGUUUGGCCCCUGAAGGUGGGGGCUCAAGGGAGGUGAUGCUGAGCUUUCUGAGAAUGAUUGGGAUGAUGCUGAACAAGAAGCACAACUUCGAACUCGCUCAGGCAUACCUGGCACUAUUUUUAAAGUUACAUCUUAAGAGUCUCUCAUCGGAGCCAAAACUCUUGGAAGAAUUAUCCAAAUUGUCAAUGCAACUUGAGGAAACUUGGGUUCACUUGCGGGGUCUCUUCAAUCAGAGUCUGUGUGUUUUAACAUACAUGAAAAGCGCUUUGCUGUAAAAUACUUCGGGUUUUGUCUGCGUAAGAUUUCCCUCAGAGGAAUAGUACAAUUCAUUACCAAAAAUACUGGAUUCCAAAAAUCAUGCUGGGUCUUGGAAUUGUAGAAUCAUUAAGGUUGGAAAAGACCUCCAAGACCAUCAGGUCCAACGUUCUGCUGGAUACCACCCUGUCCACUAAGCCAUAUCACUAAGUGCCAGACUGCUCAUUUUUUUUACUACUUCCAGUGAUGGUGAUUCCACUAUCCUGUUCCAGCGCUUCUUCUGGUGCUGUGUUUUAUACAUCUACAUAUGGCAGAGUAUUUUAGAGCAUGCAUAGCUGCCUAUUUUUGUUCACUUCAGUUGGAGAAAAAGUUGCUAUGUGCAGCUAAAAUAUUUGUUGUGUUGGUCCACUGUCAGUGGACAGACAUUUGGAUUCAAGGCGCUGAGCAGCCUUGUGGAAGGUGCCCCUGCCCAUGGCAGGGGGUUGAAAGUAGAUGAUCUUUAAAGUUCCUUCCAGCCCAAGCCAUUCAAUGAUUCUCUGAUCCUAUAGCUACAUAAAAUGUAGUACACCAUGCAGAAAUGAUUUGUGGGAAAAAAAAACAAGUGGGAAUAUAACUUCUGUGCAGGAGGCCAAAAACUCUAUUGUUUUUAAUAAAGUCAUUGUUGAUGCAAAAAUUAAACAAAAAGUCUGAAUUCUUAACACUUUAUAAACAAUAGUUUAAAGCAAAUUAAUCUAAAAAUUGUCUUCCUCUGCAAUUAGAGCACUUUUCUUAGGGUGGUUGUAAAAAUCAGUUGUCUUCUCACUUUUGCAGACAUUUAUUUCUGAAGGCAAAGAUUUCCAGCUGUACUAGCAAUGAUAGAACUUAAAAAAAAAAGUAAAAACCCAAGCACCAAACUAAACAAACAAAACCAGAUUUUUGGGAGGCUCAGUUUCAUAUGAAAAUAAUUUCUUAAGGAAAAGUAGGAAAGAUUACUAGGAAAAGUGCUUUGUUUUGAGGAAUUUUUAAUUAAAUCAGAUGGGAUUUUUUACAAAGAAUUGUUAAUUAAAUCAGAUCGGGUUUUUAGAUAUUUAGGUUUCAAACCAUAACAUUUGGGCAUUGUUUGGGACCUCAUGAGUGAAAUUGUCUUGAACUUGCUGCUUGAGAGUAUUUCCUCCCAGCAGAAGAGUCUCCUGAACAAGGCCUUUGCUGUAUUUCACAUGCUCAAGCCAGGUACACAGACCAACAGAGUAACUAAUACAAAUAUAUGCAAUUUUCAAUGAGUAAACUUGAGGUUCAUUGCAUUUGAUAGAAGACUGAAGCAAUAGUGUGGGUCAGUUGUACUGUAUAGCUGUUUGCUUUUUUAAUGCCAUCACAUUAAACCCCUUUUAGUCAUGGAUACUGGAACAAAUUAACUGCAAACAUAGAAUCAUGCAACAAUAGAAGGGCUUUGGUUGAAAGGGACCUUAAAGAUCAUUGUUGAAGACUGCAUGCAAGAUGUUUUCCAUUACCAUCUGUAUGGCUGAUUACCUUGUCAAGUGAGCAGUUUACCUUAUCUCUCUCUUUGAAUGACCACAUU